AUCUUGGCAGCGCUCGGGGAGGGCGUGCACAUGAGCCGCUGUGGCUGAUGUCACCGCCAAAUCCACGUGGUCCAUCCCAUUCACAAAAUGAAACCCUCCCCCCAUUCCAUCAUAUAAAUAGGCUCCGGCAACGCAGUGCUGCAGCUCAAUCUAAAGCCAGCCGCCUCUUAGGGAAAAACAACAAUAAUCAAGAAACACAUUUCAAGUUUUAUAAAAGAAACACAAACAACAAGCAGAAGAAAACUUGGAACUUAUAUCAGGACUGGCUUUUAUUGACGCUAUAGGACUUCACGAUUCAUUUAUUUUUUUUUUUUUUAAAUAACAUUGUAUCUCAAGAGGAAGAAGAAUCCUGAACGUUCGAAAGGAGCGGGAGAAUCUGUUUUGUUACAAGGAUCAGUAUUGUUUGGAGGAGAUCUCGUCAGAAAUGGUCAAUAUGGAAAUUAGCAGCAUGGAUUGUAGCACUUUGAAAGAGUUCCUGGCAGACGGGGGCCACAAAUGCCUGAUUUUGGACUGUAGGUCGUUUUUCUCGUUCAGCUCAUCCCACAUUAUCGGCUCCAGCAAUGUGAGGUUCAGUACCAUCGUUAAAAGGAGGGCUAAAGGGACCAUGGGCUUGGAGCACAUUAUACCCAACGAGGAGCAGAGGUGCAAUCUGAUAGCUGGGUUGUAUGAAGCAGUGGUUUUGCUGGAUGACAGAACCUCGGACUUGGACCAACUGAGAAAGGACAGUACCAUGAUUUUAGCUGUCCAUGCCCUGUGUAGAGACCCAAGAGGAAGCAGGAUCUUCUUUUUAAAAGGUACAUUGAACAAAAACAAGAUCUACUUAUUCAAAAUGAAAUUAAAAAUGUGCUUUUGUGACUCAAACUCAAAUUAGAACAUCCAGUCUGAUAAUCUAUUUUUUUUUGUAUCUUUACAGGUGGCUAUGAGAUAUUUUCUUCAGAAUAUCAAGAAUAUUGCAGCAAAUCCUCUCCCCCUGUGGGUCUGAGUCUCCCCCUUAGUGCCAACAGUAUGCCAGGCAGUGCUGAUUCAAACUGUACCCCCUGUGGUACCCCACUCUAUGAUCAGGUCAGUAUACAUACCAGCAAAAUGAUCAUUCAAAUAAAGUAAAUACAGUCCAUUCUGCACACAAUAGCCUAUGUAUUACUGAAGGGUUAAACACUAUGCCUGCCAUGUUAUCUUUCCACUCCCAUCAAUAAACCUAUGCCCUAAUCCAAUAUUUGACUAUAAACAUUGCUGAUAGUGUUACUGUUUGGACUGACACUGUAAAAAACAAAACACAAACAUAUUUUCAGACGCUAUACCAGCUAUUCCAUAUUGAGAUGUAUAUAAAAUAAAAAAAUAAUCAACCUACAAGCAUCUUGAUCUAACUGCCAAUGCAUUGGCACAGUUCUUCUAUUACCGGGUCUAAUGUUAAAUACUACACUUGUACACUUUAACGCGAAAGUCAGUAAAACAAGGAAAAUGUUAUAUUAUGCCUGUUCUAAGUCGUUCUAGGUCACUUACCAUUAUUUGUUUUUCUAUGUGUUACAGGGUGGACCAGUGGAAAUUCUACCAUUUCUGUAUUUGGGAAGUGCUUACCAUGCUUCUAGAAAAGACAUGUUAGAUGCCCUUGGCAUUACUGCCCUAAUCAAUGUUUCUGCAAACUGCCCAAAUCAUUUUGAAGGACAUUAUGUGUAUAAAUCUAUUCCAGUGGAAGACAGUCAUAAAGCAGACAUCAGCUCCUGGUUCAACGAAGCUAUUGACUUUAUAGGUAAAUAUACUUUUGUUCAGAAUAUUUUAUGCAAAAUAUCAUUUGGUGUUAGAAAUGUAAAUCUGAAUGAUAUACCACAAAAUAAGCAAUUGACAAGUCAGGAACCUGGCUAUCAUUUAAAAAAAAAGUUUUAUACUGACCCCUAGUGUACAACUGAACUGCACUCCAUUUUUCCUAAACAAGACCUUUAAAUAUUGCAUCUAGACCUGUGGGAUUUGUUAGAUAUCACAAUUAAUCAAUGUUAAAUUUUUUAUUUUGGCAAUCCAAUAAAUAUUUUAUUAACCUCAAGGCUUUAAAUUAAAAAUAAACAAGCAUAUUGGACCUUUGCAUUUCCUCCUAGCACAGCUACCAAAAUGACUGCCAUAUUUGGAAACUCGGUCUUGUAAAAUAACCCAGAGCCAGUCUAUUGUUAGAUCACCUUCUCCUCAACUAGUUAACGUGAUGGAUAUAGAAAGAAGGGGCUGUUGAUCUAAGUUUUAGCUAAAGGAAGAAUAAUUGGUUCUCUGUGAGUUUAGAUUUUUGCACUACAAAUUUUUUUUAUCCUGGAUUUUAACAAUAACCCAUUAUAUUCUUUUCUCUCCAGAUUCUGUUAAAAAGAUAGGAGGACGAGUGUUUGUCCACUGCCAAGCUGGGAUCUCACGCUCUGCCACCAUAUGCCUUGCUUAUCUCAUGAGGACUAACCGUGUAAAACUGGAUGAAGCCUUUGAAUUUGUCAAGCAGAGAAGAAGCAUAAUUUCUCCAAAUUUCAGCUUUAUGGGACAGCUUCUUCAGUUCGAGUCUCAAGUGCUAGCUCCUUCCUGUUCUGCUGAGGCAGGUAGUCCUACAAUAGCAGUUCUUGACCGAGGAACACCCACCACUACAGUCUUCAAUUUUCCAGUGUCCAUCCCUGUCCAUUCUACUGGAGGUUCUUUGAAUUACCUACAAAGUCCCAUCACUACGUUUCCAAGCUGCUAAGAACACCGAACAAAUAGAACUUUGACAGAAGCACAUAGACUAUAUGUGUUUUUAUUAAGUGCAAUAAUCACCAAAAAACUAUUUAGUUGUCUUUACCUUUUUCAACAUCAGUCCAACAGAUGUGAAGACAAAGUUUUAGCCAGUUGAACUGGUAAACUCUGAAAGAGUCAAAACUGACAUAAUGUUGUUUUGCCAUUUUUUUUAUGAACUGUGUGUCCCACCACUAAGGAAUUCAAGAGACAAUUCACAACUUGCCUUCUAUUCUAUGUCUGCUAUUAAUGUUUGUUUGUUUGUUUUCUUUUGCAAUCUCCGUGUUUUAUAAUGGGGAUUUAACAGUAUUUUCAUUCCUGAAUUUUACGUUAUGCUAGUUGGUGAAGAGAGGCUGCUGUCUAUGAAUGCUUUUAUUUUAUUUUUUAUUUAUUCUGCAAGCUGCGUUUUGUCUUCAAAAGCCUAAAAUUUCAGCUUUCAACAGAGCAAAGAAAAUAUACCUCAGUAUUUUGUGGUACUGUAAUUCCCGUUAGUAACUCAAAGCCAGCUUCAGUUUCCAAAGCACUGACGAAAAAGCACUAGGCCACAGCCUUCUUUUGAGUUUGCGACUUGUGAAUAUGCUAUGAUUUUAUUUAUAAUGCAAAAUAAUAUAUUUCUUCUCCUGGGAGAAGACCUUUUUAAUACAGAAUUAUGAACUUUUUUUAUACUGAUAGAAUAAAUUAUGACAUUUGUAUUGAAAAUCGACUCAGUUUUCC